UUGUUCUCCCAUAAAUUGUUGUGAAUGAGAAUGCUCAUACGUUAUUCAGUUUUGCUUUGCAUUUUUUUAUGUAUUUGUGUCAUAAUGCCAUUUGUUGUGUUUGUCAUGUAAUAAAUGGUUAUCACGUAAAGAAACUGUUUCACUGAUUCCAGUCUGUGGAAUUUCUUCAAACUAUUUGUGAAUUUGUGACCUCAGAAUCUUGAGCUGCACACGGCACGUAAAUGCGCCACUCGUCCUCAAAGGCGCUCGUGAGCAAAACAGUCAACGAGCUAUUGUGAUGCUGCUUUCAAGGACCGUGUGCAGUGGGAAAGAAAUGUUCUCAUCCACGUGUCUGUUGUGUACCAAAGAGCAAAACCACGCCAGACUGUCACAGUGUGCGUCUACGUGAAAGGGCAAAAGGUUCUGACGAAAUAGGACCCUGCAGCUCUAACAUGGGAACGUACGGUCCAGUACCAUGUAUUUCAAAUGGUGCAAUGUGAAGAAAAGGGAGGUAACUUGUUUUAGGAUAAAAGCAAAACAAAUGUAUUUUUAUAGCGCUUUACAUACACAAGGUAACUCAAUGAGUUUUAUAUUAUUAAAAGCAUUCAAAUACAAACACAUAUGAAAGAAUACAAUUAAAACUGCUUUUAGUGUGAAAAGUAUGAGUGAAAAGUGGAAGUACUCUAAAACGCUAGACAAAAAGAAAAGAAGGCAGUUGUUUAGAUGAUUAUAUACUGUGUGAAGAUCCAGCCAAUCAUAGCAGACAUGAUCAAAUUUGAGCUCCAUUUACGUUAUUUGCUGAGCAUGGCUAGGAUCUUGUUUCAAGUCCAGAGUAUGAGGCUGUGAAUGCUUCCGACAUACUUGUGCCACAUGUCUGCAGGAAAGUAAAGCAGUGAAAGGGGCCAGCUCGUCUCUCUAAAAAAAAUUGAAUGUGUGUGUGUGUGGGGGGGGGGGGGGAAUAGAUAUUCAAAUGAUGAACUGAGAAAUUGUGUCAGCAGCUCGUGGCUUAGCUUGCAUCAUGCAGUCACAGUUGUGUUGUAUUAGGAAUUACAGUUGAGGUGAACGUGUGUUGAAAGGCGGAGAAGGACUUUUCUACUGUCUAGGAAGCUUUUCACAGCUGGCCUCAGUCCGGGAGCAGGUUAGUUCAACGGAACAAUGAUUAAAGGUACACUUUUGGAAUAUGUUGCAUAUGAAUUUGUAUCUAAGGCUGCAUUUAGCUUUUCAUUUGAACACUUUCUGUGAUUGGAGUGCAGCAGUAUAUUUGUAUUCAAUGGCUGGAUUGUGAUGUGGAAGUGAUGAAUUAAAACAUUUUGAAAUUGUUAUAAAACUUGAUGAUAAAUGUGUUUAAUCUGAUUUUGGUUGCGGUCACAUUGUAGUUAUGGUUUCCCUCAGUAAACUGAUAUGACGGUGAAUGCCAUAUUAAUGCAUACUCGGUUCUUCAUACAGGUGACACCAAAUCUUGUGUUGCAUAUAUCAUUAUAUUUUGCAAGUGAUCUAUAUGAUAUGAUAAUUAUGUUUCCAAUCGUGUUUGCAGAAUCAAAUUAGCUUUGUCGUGGUAGAUAGUAAUUUUAUUGUUUCUCCACAGACAGACAGCUAAACAGACAUUGGCAUGGAUCAUGUCCUGAAAGUUGCAGACCAUUACUUCUUCACGCCAUAUCUUUACCCAGCCUCGUGGCCCGAGGACGGGGCUCUUCGUCAACUCAUCAGCUUGAGCCUGCUGACCAACCUGGGAGCACUAACGGUUUACUUCGUCUUUGGCACACUGAGUUUCUACUUCAUCUUUGACCACAGGCUCAUGAAACAUCCACAGUUCAUUGAGGACCAGGUAAGGAAAGAGAUCCAACUUGCAGCUACGUCCCUCUUCUGGAUGAGUUUCCCGACAGUGGGGCUUUUCUUCUUGGAGAUUAGGGGGCACAGUCAACUUUUUGAUGAUGUCAGCCAAUCUUCUCAGGGUUGGCCUGGGGUAUUCCUGAGCAUCGCUGGAUUUUUGUUUUUUACGGACAUGUGCAUCUACUGGAUACACCGCUCCAUGCAUCAUAGAAGCAUCUAUAAGCACUUACAUAAGCAGCAUCAUUUAUUCAAGAUUCCCACACCAUUUGCAAGCCACGCCUUCCACCCACUCGAUGGCUUCCUGCAGAGCUUACCUUACCAUGUCUACCCUUUCAUCUUCCCGCUCAACAAGGUUGUUUACUUGACCCUUUUCAUCUUCGUAAACAUCUGGACCAUCUCCAUUCACGAUGGCGACUACCGCAUCCCCGGCCCCUUGAUAAACAUUAUAAAUGGUGCCGCCCACCACGUGGAUCACCACCUCUUCUUCAACUACAACUACGGACAAUACUUUACUUUCUGGGAUCGUCUGGGAGGCUCCUACAAACAUCCUUCAGUCCUCCAAGAUAAUGGGCCACAUGUCCACAUUCGCAAGCUCGCAGGAAACACUCUCAGGCAGUGA